AUGGGGAAGAUAGAAAAAAAACACACCAAAAUAAAAUUUUCAUUACCAAAACAAAAUAAUUUUCUAUCACCCAUGAUGCAUAUCCUCCUGGUCAUUCUUCUCUUCUCUUUCUUGUCUUGGCCGUCUUUAGCUCUUCCUUCUCCCGCAAGUUUCCUUCCCAAGGACAAUUUUCUCAUUGAUUGCGGUGCUGAAAAUCCACCUACUUUACCUGAUGGAAGACAGUUCAAAUCAGAUCCACAAGCGAAUUCGUUCUUAAAGGCGACAGAUGAUUACAAAGUUUCUGUGAAUGAUGUUGAUGUUCCUUUACCUAUAUACUUAAACGCUAGAAUCUUCAUUCAAGAAGCUAAGUAUUCUUUCCAUUUGGUUCAAUCUGGUUUCCAUUGGGUUCGGCUUCAUUUCUACCCGAUUAAAAACAGUGUUUUCGAUCUUCAAAAGGCCACGUUUUCUGUCAACACAGAUACUUUUGUUCUUCUUCAUAGCUUCAAUGUUAACAACACUGAUAAAGCUAUCCUCAAGGAGUAUCUUAUCAAUGUAACAGACCCGCAGUUUACGUUGUCUUUUAUUCCUUUGAAGAAUUCGGCUGCGUUUAUCAAUGCAAUCGAGGUUGUUUCGGCUCCUGAUAACCUAAUGUUCGAUAGCGGGGCCGGACUUUUCCCGGUCGCUGAGGUUACUGGUUUGACACAAUAUGCUUUUCAGCCUGUUUAUAGAUUGAACAAUGGAGGACCUCUUAUUACAUCAUCGAAUGAUACACUAGGAAGAACAUGGGAAUCUGAUGAGCCUUAUCUUACAAACAAGAAUCUUGCAAAGUUUGUUUCUGUUGCUACUAAUGUUAUUAAGUUUCCUCAAGACACGCCCACCAUUUCGCCUUUGACUGCUCCGCAGACGAUUUAUGCUUCUGCAACUGAGAUGGGUGAUGCUGGUGUUAAUCUACCAAACUUCAAUGUUUCAUGGAAGUUUGAUGUUGAUACUUCUUUUAGUUACCUUGUUAGGUUGCAUUUUUGUGACAUUGUGAGUAAAGGCCUUAAUCAACUUUACUUCAAUGUUUAUGUUAAUGGAAAAAUUGCAAUCCCUAAUUUGGAUUUAUCCGCGAUCACCGGUGCGUUGGCGACACCUUAUUAUAAGGAUAUUGUUGUGAAUGCGACAUUGAUGACUCAAGGUUUGAGUGUUCAAGUUGGUCCUGCAAAUGCUGAUGGUGGAAAUGCAAAUGCAUUGAUGAAUGGUAUUGAGGUUUUGAAGAUAAGCAACACAGUGAAUAGUUUGGAUGGUGAGUUUGGUGUUGAUGGAAGGAGAGUUGGAGGAUCGAACCGAGGAGCGGUUGCGGCCGUUGGUUUUGCUAUGAUGUUUGGUGCAUUUGUUGGUCUUGGGGCUAUGGUGAUCAAGUGGCAUAAGAGGCCACAAGAUUGGCAAAAGAGGAAUAGUUUCUCAUCAUGGUUGCUUCCUUUACACGCCGGUGACACCAGUUUCAUGAGUAGCAAGAAUUCAAUGGGGAAGAGCAACAUUUUCUCAUCAUCGAUGGGAUUAGGAAGGAUUUUCUCCUUUCAUGAAAUACAAGAAGCAACUAAGAACUUUGACGCCAAGAACAUCAUCGGUGUUGGUGGAUUUGGUAAUGUUUAUCUCGGUGUCAUCGAUGAAGGGACUCAAGUUGCGGUUAAGAGAGGAAAUCCACAAUCAGAACAAGGUAUCAAUGAAUUCCAAACUGAAAUCCAAAUGCUGUCUAAGCUUAGACAUAGACAUUUGGUUUCUAUGAUUGGAUAUUGCGACGAAAACGAAGAAAUGAUAUUGGUUUAUGAGUACAUGCCUAAUGGACAUUUGAGGGAUCAUCUUUAUGGAAAGAACAUGCCAGCACUUUCUUGGAAACAAAGGCUAGAGAUUUGCAUUGGAUCCGCCAGAGGUCUUCAUUACCUUCACACUGGUACAGCACAAGGAAUCAUUCAUCGCGACGUCAAGACAACAAACAUUUUACUCGACGAAAACUUCACGGCUAAGGUAUCUGAUUUUGGACUUUCAAAAGACGCACCUAUGGGACAAGGUCACGUUAGUACCGCCGUGAAAGGUAGUUUCGGUUAUCUUGAUCCCGAGUACUUCAGGAGACAACAACUAACCGAAAAGUCUGAUGUCUACUCGUUCGGAGUAGUCCUACUCGAGGCAUUAUGCGCUAGGCCGGCUAUUAACCCUCAGUUGCCUAGAGAGCAAGUUAACUUAGCUGACUGGGCUAUGCAAUGGAAGAGAAAGGGUUUGAUCGAUAAAAUCAUCGACCCUCUUCUCGUUGGCUCGAUUAACCCCGAGUCAAUGAAGAAAUUCGCUGAGGCGGCCGAGAAAUGUUUAGCCGAUCACGGUGUAGACAGGCCUUCAAUGGGAGAUGUUCUUUGGAACCUCGAAUACGCGUUGCAACUUCAAGAAGCUUUCACACAAGGAAAAGCUGAGGAUGAGAAUUCUGCUGCUGUUGCUGUUCCAACUUCACCUGCUCCUGCUGUUCCUACUACUACACCUCCCACUAUUCCUGAAGAUACCCCCACCACACCUAGUCCUACAAUUCCUCAGCAAGAAGCAAACACCAACAAUAAUGGUGCUUCCGAAGCGCGUGCUAUUGACGAUCAUUCAGGAACUGCAAUGUUUGCACAGUUUAGUAAUCUUAAUGGAAGGUGA